AUCAAUCUAAAUAAUAAAGUGAUGAGAUAUAUCUUACGAUAUAUCGUCGGCGUUUUACUUUUUCCACGCAUCAAAAACACGUUCGCAAAUUAAAAACAAAUCGGCAGUGCACUUUAUCAACUUCUACAAGUAAUUAUGUAUAAUGUGCAGUAAAAAACCAUGCCGGAUAUCAAUUAAAUGCAGCCGAAUAUCAAAGUGCAAAAUAGACGGCUAAAGCAGAUGCGAAAAAAUAGAGACGAGAACGAGAACGCCACACAACACAUACACGACGCGCAGGCUGGCUGUCAGACGUAGCGAGUUGAUCGGUCGGUCGGUCGGUUGAAGAGGCCAGUUUUUACGGGCAAAAUUCGAGUAAAAAUUGCGUUUUUUUUGCACUGAAAAAAUCGGUUUGUGCAAAUAUCAGUGCUGUGUAUAUAUGCGCACACAAAGUGGCAAUAAAAUGUGCAAUUGUGCGGCUAGCUAAAGGCCUAAAUGUAAAUUGGAUACCCGCAAACCGCUAGACAAUAUGGAAACGCUAGAGUUGAAUUAAACAUAUAACCACAACAAAAGCAAUCAAACGCUUGCAAAAUCUUAUACAUGCUCCGGUGCUAGUGCUGCUAAUUUAGGCAGAGGAGAGUUUAAUCUCAGGGUGCCAGCAGCAGCGGGCAGCGGCGCGCUGUCAACAGGAAGAGGAAGCAUAAUUUACUAACUUAUCCGCAGACCACAAAUAAAAUACAAAACCAUUUCGGUACAACUAGCUACAACUGUUAUUUGUAGUUGUCCAUCUCAUCAUUUGUACUUGGGCAACCAUUAAACAGCAACAAUACAGUAACAACAACAACAAUGUACCCCCAACCGGUGCGUCACCCCGCCGCCGGGGGACCACCACCUCAGGGCCCAAUCAAAUUUACCAUUGCCGAUACAUUGGAGCGCAUCAAGGAGGAGUUCAAUUUUCUGCAGGCACAAUAUCACAGCAUCAAAUUGGAGUGCGAGAAGCUGGCAACCGAAAAGACCGAAAUGCAGCGCCAUUAUGUUAUGUACUAUGAAAUGUCCUACGGCCUUAAUGUGGAAAUGCACAAACAAACGGAAAUCGCCAAGCGUCUCAACACACUGAUCAAUCAGCUACUUCCAUUCCUACAGGCCGAUCAUCAGCAGCAAGUGCUCCAGGCGGUUGAACGCGCGAAGCAGGUCACAAUGCAGGAGCUGAAUCUGAUCAUUGGGCAUCAGCAGCAACAUGGAAUACAACAACUUUUACAACAAAUACAUGCACAACAGGUGCCUGGUGGGCCGCCACAGCCGAUGGGCGCCCUGAAUCCAUUUGGAGCUUUGGGCGCCACAAUGGGUUUACCACAUGGGCCACAGGGUUUGCUGAAAGCGCCGCCAGAUCAUCACAGGCCGGACAUAAAGCCAACUGGCUUGGAGGGACCAGCGGGUGCUGAGGAGCGCUUGCGCAAUUCGGUUUCACCAGCGGAUCGGGAGAAAUAUCGUACGCGCUCCCCACUGGACAUUGAGAACGACUCGAAGCGUCGAAAAGAUGAGAAACUGCAAGACGAUGAAGGCGAGAAAAGCGAUCAAGAUUUAGUCGUAGAUGUUGCAAAUGAAAUGGAAUCCCACUCACCACGUCCCAAUGGCGAGCAUGUGUCCAUGGAGGUGCGCGAUCGAGAGAGCUUAAACGGCGAGCGUCUGGACAAACCGGGCAGUAGCGGCAUCAAGCAAGAGCGCCCACCCUCACGGUCUGGCUCCAGUUCGUCGCGUUCCACACCCAGCCUCAAGACAAAAGAUAUGGACAAGCCGGGCACACCGGGAGCGAAGGCACGCACACCGACACCAAACGCUGCCGCACCAUCUCAGGGCCCAAAUCCUAAACAAAUGAUGCAACAAGGUGGCCCACCGCCAGCUGGUUAUCCAGCGUCGCCCUAUCAGCGACCGGCAGAACACUAUCAGCGUCCGCCAUCGGAUCCCGCCUAUGGACGACCGCCGCCUAUGCCGUAUGAUCCGCAUGCGCAUGUACGAACUAACGGCAUUCCACAUCCCUCGGCGCUAACUGGUGGAAAGCCGGCAUACUCUUUCCAUAUGAACGGCGAGGGCAGCCUGCAGCCGGUGCCAUUCCCGCCGGAUGCGCUUGUGGGCGUUGGUAUACCGAGACAUGCGCGGCAAAUUAAUACGUUAUCACAUGGCGAGGUCGUCUGUGCGGUGACUAUUUCAAAUCCUACAAAAUACGUUUAUACGGGUGGCAAGGGCUGCGUUAAAGUAUGGGACAUCUCACAGCCGGGCAAUAAGAAUCCCGUUAGCCAACUUGAUUGCCUGCAACGCGAUAAUUACAUACGCUCGGUGAAACUGCUGCCGGAUGGACGCACACUUAUUGUCGGUGGGGAGGCAUCGAAUCUAUCAAUAUGGGAUUUGGCCAGUCCAACGCCACGCAUCAAGGCCGAGCUAACCUCAGCGGCGCCUGCCUGCUAUGCGCUCGCCAUCAGUCCCGAUUCGAAGGUGUGCUUCUCGUGUUGCAGCGAUGGCAACAUUGCUGUCUGGGAUUUGCACAAUGAGAUACUGGUGCGUCAGUUCCAGGGCCACACAGACGGUGCGUCGUGCAUUGACAUCAGUCCGGAUGGCUCACGAUUAUGGACAGGCGGUCUGGAUAACACAGUGCGCUCAUGGGAUCUGCGCGAGGGUCGCCAGCUUCAGCAGCACGAUUUCAGUUCUCAAAUAUUCUCGCUUGGCUAUUGUCCAACAGGUGACUGGCUGGCCGUUGGCAUGGAGAAUUCACAUGUGGAAGUAUUGCAUGCAUCAAAACCGGACAAGUAUCAGCUGCAUUUGCACGAGAGCUGCGUUCUGUCGCUGCGGUUUGCCACCUGCGGCAAAUGGUUCGUUUCCACCGGCAAAGACAACCUGCUUAAUGCAUGGCGAACACCAUACGGUGCCAGUAUAUUCCAGUCAAAGGAAACAUCAUCCGUACUUAGCUGCGACAUAUCAACUGACGACAAAUAUAUUGUGACGGGUUCGGGCGAUAAAAAGGCUACUGUCUAUGAAGUUAUUUAUUAAAUGAAAAAACACACACAGCAGAGGAAAUUCACACUUUUCAUUUUGUAAUAAGCGCAUAUAGGUUUUUAUUACAAUUACAAAAACAACAGAGAAAACAGAAGAAAUACACUAUGUUCGAUCGAUAGCAUGCAAAUAAAAACACGAACAUAAGCAAACAACAACAGCAUCAAUACAAGGCAGCGGCAUCAGCGCAAUGCAUUCAAGAGCAAAGCAAGUUCUAUAAUAUAAAUAUAUUAAAACAAAAAGAAAGGAAAAUAUAAAAAUUUAAGCGUACUUUUAGCUACUAAGCUUAAGCUAAGUCCAAUAAAAAGUUGAACACAAAUUGCAAAGUAAAACAAUACCUAAACCUACAACAAAAUAAUAAAAAUAAUAUUGUAAUAAUAAUGAUGCAAAGCGAGUGCAACAGAAAUGAAAAAAAAAAAAAAAAAAAAAAAAACAGAAACAGAAAGAGUAAUAACAGUCGGCGAUACCUAGCACGCUCAUCAAAAGAAUUAAGUGCCGGGUUCACCCAGCAUGGAUUAGUCAUUGCAGGAGCGUUGAGAUUAUAAUUACCAGAUGAGUUACGAGAUGUCAGAUAUGUGAGUGCUUUUAGUUUGUCUAUGUGUUUAUAAGUUGGCAGUGAAAGUUUGUAAACAAAAAA